AUGUCAAUCUUUCAUACGAUUGAACCUAAAGAUAUUUGGCUUGGAGAUCAUUUGUAUAUCUGGUCGUCACCGUUACAUCAACAUCACGGAAUCGUUUUAUUUGUUAAUAGUCAAGAUUAUGACGAGUCCGAAAUUUUGGAGUUUAAUACGUUUGAUGGAAGUCACAAACCCUCUCGUGCUGUUGUUCAAAAGGUUUCACUCAAAAGUUUUCGGAAAAACUGCACAUUGAAGCGUGUCGUGUACGGUUCUAGCUAUGCUGGUUUCAAAUUAGCCGGCACUGCAUAUAAAUUUCAAUCACUUAAACCAGAAGUCGUGGUCGAUAAUGCUCAGCACAUUCUAGAACAAGUAAUAUUUGGAGAAUGUCUUAUUGUUCCUACGGAACCAGCAUCACCAACAUUAUCAUCCUCUCACUAUGAUCUGAUUUUACGUAAUUGUGAAUGUUUGGCUUUCUGGUGCAAGACGGGCAUGUGGUAUAGUGAACAAAUUGAAAAGGUUGUUCAUUGGAUAGCCACACCAUUAAUGACUUUUCUUAAAGUCAUUGGCGAUUACUUGAUUAUUAAACAAAUUAUGUCUGCACUCGGCCAAGAAGCAAUGAGUGAACUGAUUGAAAGCUCCUUGUGUAUUUUCAAAGACAAAUUUUGUUCGACACUGUUGGCGGAAGGUAUAGGCAAUGCAAUAGCCUUUGUUAUUGUCGAUUUACUAAAGCUUAUAUUUCGUUAUAAACAAUACAAAAAUGGGCAGAUGACACAGGAAGAAUUUUUGAAGAAAACAAUUACGACUCUUGCCAAAGAUUUGACCAUUGGUGUUCUUGCAUUUGCCAUUCAAGCACUACUAACUCAUUUUUCAUUUGGUUCUGCAGCUCUGUGUCCUUGGAUUGGUGGGUUUGUUGGUAGUGUUAUUGGAUCCUUUGUUGGAAAUAUUCUCGGUCAUUUAUUAGUCAAUGGAAUCGCACAAUUGCAAGAUGAACGAGUGCCGUCGAUUGAUUGA